AUGUCCUACAACCCCUAUGGCGGAGUGCCUGGCUUUGGGCCUCCGCCAGGUUAUAAUUCAUAUCCUGGCGCCACUGGCCCACCCCCAGGCAUGUCCACACCACCAGGUCUAGGACCUCCCCCAGGCAUGUCUGCCCCCGGAAUGGCACCCCCCGGUGUCCAGCAGCCGAUUCUCAAUCAAGCUAAUCGACCUAGCGGCUUGCCCUCAAACUUUCAAGCUCCCCCAAACAUGCCCAAUAUCAACUUCAAUGCCCCCGUGAUUAGGCUUGGAACUCUUCCCUCGAAGCCUUCGACACCAGGUGUGCCUGGCCGCAGAGAGCAUGACGCGCCCCAGUCUGCGGGCCCGCGCUCGGGGCUGGGCAUGGAUCGCGGCAUCGACCAGACUCGCCAAGCUGUGCGUGAGAGCAUGCAGGCCCUCGUGCCGCCCACAAAGGAGGAAAUUGUACGCACCAUAUUCGUACAGGGCAUCACCGACGGCAUUCGCGGCAACGACGGCAUUGAGGAGAUUUUCAAGAUUGUUGGCAAUCUGCGCAAAUGGGAGAGAGCAAGCGAUGCGGCCGGCAAGGAACUGCCUUUUGGCUUUGCUCAAUUUGAGGACGCCGAAUCAUUGUGGGUAGCCUCGGAACUUUUAAAGGAGAUACAAAUACCCACCAAGAAACAGGCGCCCACAGAAGCUCCCGAAGACGCAGACGAUUCCUACGAGGACUUUGCCAAGUCCAAGCUUCAGUUCAAGCUGGACGAAAACACUAGAAACUACCUCGAGUCGUACGUAGAGGGGCGAACAAAUGAGUCCGAGGCAGAUGCCAGACUAUCUGCGGCUAUAGGUGCGUUGAAGCAGACUGUCCGCAAUUUCUUCUACCCUCCCUUGAAAUCAGGAGCAGACGCGGAUGGAGAUGUGGCCAUGGGCAACAGCGGCCAGACUGGCGAAAAUGUCGAAGUGGUGAAUAUUCCCUUGGCCCAAGACGACGAGCUCGCAGAUAUUCCCGCCGAGAUGCGCGAAACGGUCGCAGCAGAAAUUGCGGCUUUCCGGGAACGCAGCAUCAAGCGUGACCUGGAAAGACUCAAGAGAGAGGAGGAACUCGAGGCCAUGGAGCGGCAACGCGCUGCGGGCAAUCGACCGUCGAGACUUGCUUCUCCACCGCUCGGAGCUGGAUCCAGUUCAAACAACACACCACUGGGACCGAGAGGUGUCCCCAAUGCUCCCUCUGGACCCAAAGGGCAAAAGACGGAUCUUGGUAAAGAUUACAAUCGAUCCAUCAAUUUUGUCAAUGGUGGUAUAACAAACGGUGGACUUGUUCCAAACCGCGAAGACGAGGACAGCGAUGCCAGCGACGAAGAGCUCGAGCGUCGACGUGUGGCCAAGCAAGAGGCCGAAGCCGAGAAACUCUACCUGGAUGCCGAGCGGCGUUGGCUAAACCGGGAACGGACCCGGGCGGCGGCUCUAGAGCGAGAGCGCGAGCGUGACGAAACAGACGAGGCCGAUGUUGCCAAGAGGCGGGAGUCGAUGCUGGAGCGCUUGAAGCACUUUGACGACGAUGCCGAGGCUUCAAGGAAAAAGGAAGAAUAUUACGCAGACCGCAGCGCCUGGAUCCGUAAUCGAACUGCCUUUCGUGCUAGAGAGAUUGCGGCCGACGAUGCCGACCGAGCGGCAGAGGAACAGGAACGCAUUGCCGAGGAUGCUGAGCGCGAACAAGCCAGAGGCAUGGCAGACUCCUUCCUCAAUGAACAGGCACGCGAAAUGGAGCAAAGGCAUACUGGCAGACCGGGAGGUGCUGCGCCUCAGCCGUUCAAGCUCUCUCUUGGUGCAGCAGCCCAGCGCGCACAAGCCCAGCGCGCAGCCCCUCAACGCAAGACCGUUGCCGAAGUGGAAGGUCUUCUCGAGGACGAGGAAGAGGACAACAAGAAGCGUACAAUUGUUCCCAUCAAGUUUGACCCGGCUGAUGCUGCUGGCAUGUCCAAUGAAGAUCGGGAACAGGCCGUGCGCUCGCUUGCCCAAGAAAUUCCCAAUGAAAAGGAGGGUCUGUGGCAAUGGGACAUCAAAUGGGACUUUUUGGACGAAGGUGUUAUCCGCGACAAGUUGAGACCUUUUGUAGAAAAGAAGUUGGUCGAGUACUUGGGCGUGCAAGAGGAGCUGCUUAUUGAAGUGGUGGAGGAGCACCUUAGAAAGCAUGGACAGCCUGCAGAGCUGGUCGAGACCCUGGCAGAGGCACUGGACGAUGAAGCAGAGGCACUGGUCAAGAAGUUAUGGCGAAUGGUCAUCUUUUAUACAGAGAGCGAAAAAAGGGGACUUUCGGCAUAG